AUGUGGGACAGCAGGGUAUGGGAAGGUGAGGUCAGUAGUGUGGGGGCUUUCUCAAUCACAAUCAAGUUCAGUGGAAAACUACAAGAAUAUGUUUGGCACUUGUCUAGCAUUUAUGCUCCUAAUGAUAGAAGGGAAAGAGAAAAAGUAUGGUGGGAGGUAGGUGCUGCUAGAGGCCUAUUCAAUGGGCCUUGGGUGGUAUGUGGGGAUUUCAAUACAGUUAGAUACCCAUCGGAGAAGAAGAACUGCAACAGGUUCACCAGGUCAAUGCUAGAUUUUUCAGAAUUCAUCAAUGAUAAGGGAUUAGCAGACAUACAUUUAAUGGGAGGGAGGUUCACGUGGAAGAAAGGGGUUGAUCACAAUAUUGCUGCUAGACUGGACAGAUUCCUAGUUUCAGAAGAAUGGGAUGAAGGGUUUAGAAAUAUUAACCAGUCAAUCCUACACAGAGUUACAUCAGAUCACUCUCCUCUGUUACUUCAAAGUGGGAAUUGGGAGCCAGUGAAGUCCUAUUUCAAGUUUGAAAACUGGUGGUUGUUGACUGAAGGUUUCAAUGAAAGAAUUAAAGUUUGGUGGGAGACUUUCUCCUGUGAAGGUAGACCUGACUAUAUCCUAGCCCUCAAGCUGAAAGCUCUGAAGGGAAAACUCAAAGAAUGGAGCAAAUUAACUCAAGGCAAUCUGAAUAUACAGAGGUUGAAUUUGCUGGGCCAACUAGCUGAAUUGGAAGAGACACAAGAAUUGAGGAUGCUGAAUGAAGAAGAGAAGAUCAAAAAAGCUACUUUAUUGAUUGAAUUUGAGGAAAAUGUUAGGAAGGAAGAAAUAGCAUGGAGGCAAAGGUCUAGAGCACUUUGGUUGAAGGAAGGGGACAGAAACACCAAGUUCUUCCAUAGAACUGCCAACUCUCACAAGAGGUACAAUAACAUUGACAAGCUACUAGUGAAUGGAGAAACAGUGGAGAACCUUGCAGAAAUUAAAAGAGAGAUUGUUGCCUUUUACCAACAUCUGUACACAGAGACUGAGGAGUGGCGACCAUAG